AUGAAGCCGGUGCAUGGCAUCGUCUUUAUAGCGGCAAGCCAAUUGCAGGUAGUGGCGUCGAAUGAAAAAGGAUUUGGGAAAGGCGACAAAAGCAUGGAGCUCAGCGGUGGCGAUAUCGCACUGAAGGUGGGCGCCUUAGCUCUACUGCUGGCGCUCUCGGCCAUGUUCGCUGGUCUGGGACUCGGUCUCAUGUCGUUGGACCUCAUCGGAUUAGAGAUCGUCGUGGCGGCUGGCGAGGACGAGCACGCGACGGAAAAAGAGCGCAUGAACAGCGACGCUGCCAAAAAAGUGCUGCCCUUGCGCCGGAAUGGCAACCUACUGCUCACAACGCUGCUGCUGGGCAACGUGGCAGUGAAUGUGCUCACGUCCAUCAUUACGUCUGAUCUCACAAAUGGUCUGUUCGGGUUUGUUACAUCAACAAUACUUAUACUAAUAUUUGGGGAAAUCGUUCCGCAAGCGUUGUGCUCCAAAUACGCGUUAGUGAUCGGUAGCAAGGUUGUCCCGGUCGUUCGCGUCUUGAUCGCUCUGUUCUACAUUUUUGCAAAGCCCGUGAGUAUGGCAUUGGAUGCGACUCUGGGAGAAGACAUCGGCACGGUUUUUACAAAGACACAGCUGGUGGAGAUUAUUGAUCAUCAUGAGAAACAGCAGAUGAUCGACAAGGAUGAAAGCAGCAUCAUUCGUGGUGCCAUGACCUUUGGUAGCAAGACGGCGCGGAGUAUCAUGACCCCAGCUGACGAAGUCUUUAUGGCUCCAUUUUCAGCCGUGCUGGACUGGGUGCUCGUUCACAGCAUCCUCGCAAGUGGGUUCUCUCGUGUUCUCGUUCACGGUGCUUCUCUUAACGACAUCAUCGGAACUAUCCACGUCAAAGACUUUAUCUUCGUGGAUCCGAAGGAAAAUACUCUUUUGUCGAGCUUCUUUCAAAUUUUCGGUCGGUCGAUCCGCUCUGUGGAUCCUGAUUGCAGACUGAGCACGUUACUGCACGCAUUUAAAUCUGGAAGCGCGCGUCUGGUAUUAGUCAAGCAGCCACAAACAACCAACGUGAGUCACGAUAUGCACACACUACUGGGCAUCGUGACCCUUGAGGACGUACUGGAGGAGAUUUUACAGACCGAGAUUUUGGACGAACGAGAUAUAUCCGACCGCCGCAGCAGCGACUCGGAACGCAAGCAGUUUCUGUUACGCCGGUUUGACGAGGGCAGGCGUCUUGGCCUCAAUGACUUGUGUGAGGCCGGCGACUCGUCCGAAGACGACCUCACCGUCGGGCUUGUACAUGAAUUACUGACUACGUAG